AUGGCUUGUGUUCUCAUACCGUUCCGUCGGCAAAAAGCAAGAGCAGAUAAUUUUUUGAUCACAGCAUCUGCUUCACUAUUGAAAAUUGAAUUACGCAAGAAAAGGUGGUAAGGGACACGAUAAAGUAUUUUCUUUCUCUCUUUUCCAUCAAAAGUUUAGUCUUCGAAGCUGCUUGUCUCACUAGAGUCAACCUUUUUUUCACUAUUCUGACUAGAAAAUGAUCAAAAGUUAAACUGUGACGAAGCAUACAAUUUCGAAAACAAUAUUAAUUUCACUUUGAGAAAAAAUUUGCGUUUUUAGAAUAGAGUAUUUUCUUUCUCUCUUUUCUAUUAAGAGUUUAGUCUUCGAAGCUGCUUAUCUCUCUAGAGCCAGACUUUUUUUUUUACUUUUCUGGUUGAAAAUGAUCAAAAGUUAAACUCCGACGAGGCAAACAAUUUCGAAAAGAAUAUUAAUUUAACUAUGAUUAAUUGAGUUGAGGAAAAAAAUGAUACGUUUUCGAAUUUGGUUGAGUUCGAUUUCACUGUUGAAUACUGCGUGAGACUAGAGCCACAGAAACGAAGGGUCAUUCCCCAAACUGAAUAUUGUUUGCCCUUUGAAGUUGCAAGACUCGGUAAAAAACAAGUACUAAGCUAAUUCGUAUUUUUCACGGCAGUGCUACGAGAGAAGGUUUUUGAUAACGGUCAAUAGUUGACAGCGAGGGGGAGGGAGGGGUAAGUUUUACUUGUUACCAGUCUUGGUAGAAAGACGUCAUGGCGGCCGCCUUGAACAUACGACGUACUCCUUUGCCUUCUGUCGUAUUCCAAAAUGACAAAAGAUGUAUGUGCAUUUCGGCCCUUGAAUUGUAAAACCGUCAUGUAAUCGCUUCUACAAAAAAGGAAUCCGCACUUAACAGAAGUAUGGUUGAUUAUGGGAACUCUUUUACGUUAUGCUGAUAUUCGUGUUUUGUUCACCAAUUAGGUAUCCCCACAAGCUUACAGUUUUUUGGAAAGAACGAAAAGCGAAAUACAGCACAAAGGUAGUCAGUGUAGACUUUGGAUCGCUGUUCUUUCUCCCUUAGCUCAUUAAACUUUAUUGAUUUUUUUAAUCGUCAGUUUGAGUUAAAGAAAUAUUUCUUCCGAUUACUUUUGCUCUCAGCCUGUAGCAUGGUUUGGAGCUGUUGAAAACGGUUAUCGUGGUGUUCAUUUUUGGCCCGAGCCUGAUCCAGUAGACAGCAAACUUACUCUACUCAAGGUAAGUUUUAAACAAAGGCAACAUGAGGUACAAAUUUGGGGACAGAUUUCCAAAAGACUUUCUUUUUUCGUAAUUGUUUUAUUUAUCCAAUAUCUCUAUGCAUAAUAAAGUAUGGGGCAGUGCGGAAAUCUUGGCCAACUGUUGAAACCAUAGUUUUUGUAAACACGUUACACCCACUCCCUGAAGGGUUCCUUGCUUUUUUCUUAGGCUUGCUCCUUCCUCCUAUUCAGUGUGCGUUACAUUUUAAGAAAUUUUGAAAUGAAAGCAGUCCAUCUUUCGUUGAUAAGAUUUUUAAAGCUACAAGGUUUUAUCGCUUAGCCUCUUGUGUUGGAUUUACUAUGUAAUUUCAUGUUGAGUAAUGGAUGUUAAAUCUAUUAAAUCUAUUAAUUUUCAUUGUAAACGUUUAAAGCACAACAGCUGAAACGAAAAAAAAAACAUUAUGAAAUGCUAUUGAAUCUACAAAACGUUUGAAGAGAGAUGCCAAAUACCAUUCUAUGAACUUUAUUUCACAAUAAGACUCCAUCUCAACCUCAGUAUAAUGUGUGUGAGUGGCAUUGAGUUCCAUCUUAAAACUGAAUUAAGUAAUUUUCUGUUAGUGUUCCCGUAUACAGACCAUGCUAAAUUCGAUUCCUUGUUGUUUGGCCAAGGACAGCCUCAGCAUAAACAAAGUCCUAAAUGCUAGUGCUUAGCUAUUGUUCUGCUCAUUUUAUCUUUUGUUUUGCCACACCUUCAUUUCCAUUGCUCUCAUGGUUUGCUUAAGGUCCCUAAUAUUGUUGUUAUCAAGUUUUUUUCUUUAUUUUAAAACAAUAUUUAACUGUAAUUUACAGAACCCAGAGGAUGAAAUGACAGAAUAUCAAGAAAAGCAGUGGAAUAUUUUCAUCUGUAAUGUAAGCUUUUCCCUUUUUAAUUUAACACAAGUUUGUAGUUGCUCUUUGCCUUUGAUAUUACACUCACUCCACACAGUUUGGAGUAAAUCUGAACACUGUUCAUCUUAUUUCUUUGAAAUCAUUAGGUGUCCCCUAGUGGUCGUCACCAGCUUCUGGCCACUGGCUGUAUUUAUAUUAGCAAUUACAUCACAGAGAAGCCUGGAAAAUUGGAUGUUACAGUCACCCUUAAGCCAGCAAUCAAGAAAGUUGUGGCUGGUGAAAUUAAAUUUGAAUUAUCAUGGGUUAUGCAGGAAGAUGACAGAGUCAUUCAGUGAGUAUUCCUCAGUAAUUUCUGUAGCAAGUUCCUGUAAUGAUGAUCUAACUUAUGUGUGGCAUUUAAAAGUCAACUACUCUAUCAUAAUGUUAUAUUUUAGAUCAAUGAACUUGAUCAAUAAAUUUCAAAAUGAGAUAUUAUCAUUUUUGCUGCAUGAAUAAAAGGGUUGACUACAAUCUGAAUUUUAUUUUGUCAAUGGUUUUUAUUCAUUCAAUAAUUCUUUGUUUUUUCUAAAAGUAAUUGUACUGUGAAAUUCCAUGAACCCUUUAGCUGUUGAAUAUGCUUGAUAUUUGUAUUACCUUUACAGUCCCACAGAUGAAGAAAUAUGGGAAGAGAUAAUGCAGGAGGUCAGGGAGGAACAAGCAAGAAGAAAAGCUGAGGGAAAGACAGCAAAGUAUAAAUCUUUGAGAAAAAAGAAGGAGCAGGAAAUGUGGCUGCUCAAGUCAUGCAGACAUUGCUGCUGA